GCUCUGUGGCUCUGAAUCAGCUGAGUUUGAGGAACCCGCCCCGUUGGUUGAGCCCGGGGAUGAUGGUGUCUGACAUACAAAUACACCCACACAAACACACAUCCUCAGGACACAUUACACGUUUGAUACCUCUUGUUUCGGUGUCACUUCAGUGUGGAAAAACGCAACAGGAGGACCAGGCGUGCUGUUGUUUUGACAUGAGCGAGCCACGGAUGCUAACUCUCGGCUUCUUUCGCAUUUGACACUUUGUGCUGAACAUGCUGACAUUCUACUGAUAUAUCAUGGAUGCUGAGGAGAUCGAGCUACAGAAUGACUACCGCUACCGCAGCUACUCAGCUGUCAUUGAGAAAGCGCUGAGAAACUUUGAAUCUUCGAGUGAGUGGGCAGAUCUUAUCUCCUCUCUGGGCAAGCUCAACAAGGCCCUGCAGAGUAACCUCCGCUACUCACUCCUACCUAAGAGGCUGAUCAUAGGGAAGCGUCUGGCCCAGUGUCUGCAUCCUGCUCUGCCCAGUGGAGUGCACCUCAAGGCUCUUGAGACUUAUGAGGUCAUCUUCAAAAUAAUUGGAACAAAAUGGCUGGCCAAAGAUCUGUUCAUUUACAGCUCGGGAUUGUUCCCGCUGUUGGGCCAUGCAGCCAUGGCCGUGAAGCCUGUGCUGCUGACGCUAUAUGAGCGUUACUAUCUCCCACUGCAGAGGGCUUUGCUGCCCAGUCUUCAGGCCUUCAUAACAGGACUUCUCCCAGGCCUGGAGGAAGGACUGGAGGUCUAUGACAGGACUGAGGCAUUGCUGGUCAAGUUGUCGUUGCUGGUGGGUCAGCAGGUCUUCUAUGGUGCCCUGUGGGGCAGCAUGGUGGUCAGCGCCACCGUGCGGCUGCCUGCCUCCAUCUUUAUAGUCACACAUUUCGACCGCUUUGCCUCCCUGCACCAACAAAUACACAUGCUGGGCUACGACAGCCGCCUAGUGUUGAAAGCAGUGUUUCUUUCCCUGCAAGACUCAAAUGUUCUUGUCCAGAGGAACAUGCUUGAAAUCCUGCUCUACUUUUUCCCCUUUGCCACAUGUCUGGACCCUGCAGAGUCUUGUAUUGCUUUGAGCGGCGAGGACAUGAUCACCGUGGUUUCUGCUGCUUCUCUCACACUGCUCCGCAGAGACAUGUCCCUUAAUAGACGCCUCUACGCCUGGCUCCUAGGCACAGACAUAAAAGGAGGAAUGGUGGCACCACAUCCCACCUUCUCUACCUCCACAGAGGAGCAUAUGAUAUACUACUUUAACACCUACACCAGAGAUUACCUCGUACAGGCUCUGAUUAACAUACUCAAACAGAAGGAUGUGGAGAACAACCCUGAAAAUGUUAUUGGAUACCUCAGGCCCUUUCGAAUCAUCAUCAGCCUGCUGGAUAAACCAGAGAUUGGUCCAGCUGCCUUGAGCAGCGUGUUGUUGGAGGUCGUCCGAGCCUUCUACAGCUAUUGUCGAGAGAUGCUGGGGGAGGAAGCCAUCACCAGCUCAGGGCUGUCGGGCAACCAGCUUGUCAGUAAAAUAAAAGAGAAUAAAAAUGCAUCUGAGAUCAUAAAGACGGUGAACAUGCUCGUGAGUUCCAUGAACAGUGAAUACCUGUGGGAGUACAUGACACGGCGCUUCUGCACUUCUAUCAGUGAAAAAGACGACCCACCAAUUCCUCCUCAGCAGGACCGCAGCCACCCUGCUCCCUCUGUCACAGAGAUGUCCAUUCUAAUCAUUUUCCUGCUUGAUGUUCUCCCUCUGGAGCUCCACUCUGACAUCCAGUCUCAGUUCCUACCUGAGAUGCUGGGCAUCAUGCUGCAGACGUUGCACAGCCACCUGGACUCUGUGAACCUGGAGGAUGUCACUCACAGUCUGCGUGCCUGCUUCAAGGUUCUCAGUAAGAUCCAAAUGCCUGUGGCAUAUAUGGACAUUGAAGCAGGGUCACACUCAGAGGAUAUUGAGAUACGGUCACCAGAGGAGGAAGACAUGCAGGAGGGAGGUGAAAAUGGAUGUGUUGCCCAGGUGAAUGGUGACCAUGGUGACCAUGGUGACCAUGGUGAUGAAGAGCAGAACACAGAUGGAGGGGAUGAUGCAGAAAUCACAAAUGGCAUUUACCCAACAAUCACAUCUGAAGACAGCGGCUUAGGAAUCAGUGCUUCACCCUCAGAACAGCAGUUCCCACCAGGAAUGGGAGCCAAGGGAAAUGAAAUAAGUAAAGAUAAUGAUGGAGUGUGGAAGCGGGGAGGCAGUGUUGACACAAUGACCCAGUGUCUGCAGGAUAUACUGUCCUUCAUAACCACAAGGUACUUGCUGGUGCAGGUGGAAGAUGUCAGCAGACCUGAGGAAGAACCCCAGUCUGAUGUAACCACUGCUUCUGUAGAUCAAAAGAAUGUGUUGUUGCCAGGUCUAGGGGGACGUGAAAUUAAAGACAAACUGUCCGAACUGUUCAAUCCAAACAAAAUGAAAUUCCGCGCUACACCUGACACCGAGGUCUCAGCAUCCCCUGUCGAGAAGAAAAAGGAACACGGGCGUUUAGGAUGUCUAGACUGGGCUGGAGGAUUCAUGCCCCGGAGCAGGGCAGAGAUAUCCGAGGACUGCCGACAGGCCUUCACAGCCACCUGCCACCUGCUGCUGGAGUGUGCCACCUUCCCUGUCUACCUACGUGAAGAGGAGACUCUGGCUCUUCACACAGACAUGUUUGGCCACACAGGUAGUGAAGUAGACAGCCUGCCAAUAUGGCUGAGGUCCUUGAUGACACUGUGCUGCCUGUCAAGAGACUACAAAAUCCAGCACACAGCAGUGGCCACACUUUUGGAACUUAUAAACCAUUCCCAGUCCUUGGCAUUGGUCAUUGAGGACAAACACAGACGCUACCAGGCCUCUGACUCAAACCCUCUGAGUGGGCGGCUGCAGAUGGUCACUGUACCACCCAUUUACCCUGCUCUGCUACAGGUGAUAGAGGAGGGCACAGAUUUCUAUCAGAGGUUGUCCCAAGUUCUGUGGAACCAGCUGGACAUGGAGAGGAGGGAGCAGCACAUUUCCUGUGUGGAACUAUUUUACAGGCUUCACUGUUUGGCUCCAACAGCCUCAAUCUGUGAAAACAUCAUCUGCCAGGCUUUGUUGAACAAAGACAAGGCUGUUAGGCUCGAAGCACUGCACCGCUUCACAGUACUAUGGCACCUGACCCGAGAGAUCCAAACCAACAGGACCAUGUCUCUGAAUCGCUCCUUUGACCGGUCUUUAUGUGUAGUGGUGGACAGUCUGAGCUGCACUGAUGGCUCCAUACGUGCAGCAACUCAGUGCUGGCUGGACAGGGCUUUGUCCCUCAAUGAUGUGAUUCGAGUUUUGGAACCUAUACUUUUGUUGCUGCUUCACCCAUCCACUCAGCGCUCCUCUAUUAACAGCAUCAAACAAAAUCUCACGGCAGGUAACCUGAAGAUUCUGAGCAACAGAAGUCGAAGUUCCACAAAAACAUCUGGGACAUCUGCAGAUACCAUGGCAACAGAGGUCACCACCUUGAAUCUCACCAAUAUUGUUGACCGGGAAUCCCUGUGGGCAGAGUUAGAGGGUGAUCCGGAGCUGGCAAAACCGCAGGACCCUUUAUGGAUAUCGAGGAGCGAAAGUGAAGAGACUGAAGAAGGGGAGGACAGAGUGGAGGAGGAGGAGGAGGAGGUUGAGAGUGAGCACACUGAGUCACAUGACACCAGUGGUGCCCAAGUAUCCACGGAGAACUCCAGCUCUGGCUCUGCUCUGUACCACAGCAACGAGGAAGAAGGCACAGUCAAUGGCCUGCAGAGAGUUGAGUCUGAACGUACUCAGGCAUCCGAUUCUCUGUCAAGUGAGGAUGACGAGGAUUUAGAGCUGGAGGCCAUGGCAAGGUCUCGUCUGUUAAAACAGGAGCGUGAGAAGAGAGAGGCCAUUGACUCCUUGUUCCGUCAUGUACUCCUGCAUCCUGUGGCAGGCGGCUGGCGCUACCUCCUCCAAGGCCUGGCGCUACUGGACAGUUUGCUGCGGAGUAGUGCUGAGUGCCCUCUGGUGGAUGCUCUGUCCUCCACUUCUCUGGAUACAAGCUCCGCUGCGCAUUUAAACCUGGUCUCAAACCUUUUACAACGGCACCAACAGGCUCAGGAUGGCAAAGGCUUCUACGGCAGCCUGCUCUCUCCGUCCUCCACCCCCUCUGUCCCCCCAUCCCUUCUCAUUGAACUGUUGGUGUCCUUGUGUCUUCGAUUCCUGCGCUCUCAUUACCCUUCCUACCUGAGCCUUGGUCCUCUGGACCUCCAGGGUAACAGGGAGGUUCAGGUGAAGAGUGUGGAGGUACUAACCCGGAUAGUGACCCAGCUUGGCUCCAUGGCACGAGGUCAGGAAGCUAAUGGGGCCAGUCUGGAGCCCAUCAGAAGCCUCCUCUCCAGAUGUAAAGUGCAGCAAUAUGCUCUGCUUUCGCUUUCUGCAUCCAUGUACGUUAGCCAGAAGGGGACGGACAAGGGACUGCCCCGAAAUAUGGAGCUGCUCGAUGAGCAGGGGGGCCUGUCAGAGGAGAGCCUGGUAAAUCUUGGAUCAGGAGUGGGGCAAGAACAGUACACCUUACAAAUGGAGUUACUCAAGCUUCUUCAGGCUCUCAUAGUUCUGGAGCACCAUGUGGGCCUGGGUGGGCCUGGCUCACCAGCUGGGUCAGGUGGAGCAUUCAGCCAGCCUGUGGAGCCUCGUGAAUCCCCAACUAACAGUACCCCCCUGGCUCGCGAGUGGCAAACUGCUGUCCUUUUCCAGCAGUCCAUCAAGUCAGCCCAGUACGUCCAAAGUCAUCCCAUUACAUCUCAAGGAAUGUUUGUAUCUGCUGCAGCCAUAGCUCUGCAGCCACAGUACGGCUAUGCCAUGCACCCCCACUGGGUGUCUCUGCUGUGCUCCUCUCUGCCCUACCUGGGAAGGUCAUUAGGAAUCAUUGUGGCUCCAUUCAUCAAUCAGAUCUGCAGGAACUUGGAUGAGCUGGUUAAAUUAUAUGACCACGAUGGAGGAAAAACAAUUCAGAGCCUGAGUGCUAGGAGAGAGAACAUCGCCCCUGACUACCCUCUGACUCUGCUUGAAGGCCUGACCACCAUUACACACUUUUGUCUAUUGGAUAACAAGAGGUCCCUGGUGGCCUGGGAUCCUGUGGAUAUACGUAAUGCUCGCAAUGCUGUAAUCGAGGCUUUGCCGCACAUGCUUACUAGCAUGGUGAUGUUGUGGGGUGUGGUCAUGAGGGAGGACAUUCAGAAGCGAGCAUCUGACUCUGGCCAGAGCAGCAGACACGGCUCUACCUCUGUCUAUUUUAAAAGUACCAAGAUCUUACGACAGCGGAUACUAGAGUUCCUGGUUCCUCUGACUGGGCAGUAUGGGGUUCAGAUGAUUGCUUCAUUGGGAGUAGUAUGGAGCUGCAGGAAGAGUAAAAGGAGACACAAAAACCAAGUUUUACCUGUGGCCAGUGAGGCUCGUCUAACCAUUGUGGAUAUGGUGAAAUCACUGACCACCUUGCAUACCGAUACAAUCCUACACUUAGUCAAAGAGGUGGUGAAAAAACCACACCAGAUCAAAGGGGAACAGAAGUCAACCUUGGUCGAUAUCCCCAUGUUACAGUUCAGUUAUGCCUACAUCCAGAGUAUUUCAGCCCAGGCUCUGCAGGACAAUGUUGCUCCUCUUCUCAGUUUGUUGCGGGAGUCUGUUCAGCUCAACCUUGCCCCGCCUGGGCACUUCUUACUGCUGGGAAUCCUCAAUGACUUUGUCAAUAGGCUCCCCAACCUGGACAAUAAGAAGUAUUCCCGAGACCUGCAGGAGGUGACUCAGCGCAUCCUAGAGGCAGUAGGUGGGAUUGCAGGAUCAUCUCUGGAGCAGACCAGUUGGCUCAGCCGCAGCCUUGAGGUCAAGGUUCAGCCACAGGUGUGCCCUGAAGCAGAUGAGCCUGAUGACACAGAUGCAGAUGGCGAAAAUUGCGAUUUGGCUCAAACGAGCACCAUGGUCUCCUCCUCAGCUCCCUCAGUUUACAGCGUACAAGCUCUCGUUCUCCUGGCUGAGAUGCUGGCACCACUUCUGGACAUGGUGUACCGUAGCGAUGAGAAGGAGAAAGCCGUUCCUCUCAUUUCUCGGCUCAUGUACUAUGUUUUUCCAUACCUGAAGAACCACAGUGCCUACAACAUGCCCAGCUUUGAAGCAGGCGCUCAGCUGCUGAGCAGUCUGAGUGGGUAUGCCUACACCAAAAGGGCUUGGAAGAAAGAGGUUUUUGAGCUCUUCAUGGACCCCCUCUUCUUCACCAUGGAUGCCACCUGUGCACUCAAUUGGAAAUCCAUCAUUGAUCAUCUGCUGACUCAUGAGAAGACCAUGUUUAAAGACCUAAUGAGCAUGCAGAGUGGCUCCUUGAAACUGUUUGCUAACAUAGAUCAGAAACCCAUGCUGCUAAAGCGCCAGGCAUUUGCCAUGUUCAGCGGAGAGCUCGACCAGUAUCAUCUCUACCUUCCCCUCAUCCAAGAGCGUCUCAGUGAGACUCUGCGUAUGAACCCCAGCCCUGCUGUUUUAGCCCAGAUGUUCCUGAUGUUUCGUGUUCUCCUGCUGAGGAUUUCAUCCCAGCACCUGACAUCUCUUUGGCCAAUCAUGGUUACAGAACUAAUUCGGAUAUUUGCACGUCUAGAAAAAGCUCUGCAGAUUGAUAAAGACGUCUCAAAACUGGCCAAAGUGGUGCGUGGAGCCCUCGAAAGAAAUGGACCAGUGAAUUUCUCUCAGGCUGAGCUGGACAUGUAUCUGUCAGCAUGCAAGUUUCUGGACACCUCCCUGACUUUUCCUCCAGAGAAGAUACCAGUCUUCCAGAUGUAUCGCUGGGCAUUUGUCCCUGAGGUGGAUGUGAAGCGCUACAAUGGCCCUGAGACUGCUCUGUUAGAGGAUGAGCAAGAAUGCAUACCCCAUGUUGUCAGAGUACUGGAAGGGAUACAGCAACGAUAUGAUACCAUGAAUGGGCUGAGUGAGGAGUCUUCCACAGAGAAUUUGGACUUCCCCCUCCUCACCCAGCGCUCUCUGCGCUCUAUCACCCAGCUCUUGCCUUUUCUUCGCACCCUUUGCUGUUCCUUCCAGGGUCCUGCCCUUAAUUCCCAUGGCAUGUCCUCCUACCAAGUGGCAAACUACCCGACAACCAGUUCUAACACAGUGCUGAAGAAGCUGGAGCACAUCAUUGAGCAAGAGUUCCUGGACUACAUGGAAAAUUGAAAAAAAAAUCAUGCAUGAAGCUUUCAUUAACUUAACCGUCUUCUUAGGUUUUGCAGCCAUACAAGUCUUAUACCUAAAAAGAAAAGCACAACCAGAUAAUGAAUUGUCAACCAAAAAAAAGAAAGAAAAAAAGAAAUGUUAUUUAUUGUUGUAUUAUGUUUGAUUUUCACAUAAUUCCUUUGAGGUGCUCUCACACUGAAUCUGUUCUGGAAAUAGCAAGACUUCACUGUUGUUAAUUAAGUGGGCUUUUUUUGGGAUAUCUGAAAUAAUAUGCUAUUAAUUACAAUGAUACAUAAUAUGUACGCCACUUAUGUCAGUUGCAAAGUGUUUACACACAAAAAAACCACUAUAAUGAUGGUACAGACAUUGAAUUUUUCCAUUAGCUUCAUUCACUAUUACACAUGCACCUUAUGUUCACAAAAGAUGCAGUAACAUUUAUCUUUGAAGCCAAAUAGCAGAUUCACUGUGAAGAACCUUAAGUAUUGUUUUAUCCUUUGACUUUGCAUAGAUCUGGUUAUCAGUACUCUCAAGUAUGAGCAUACAAACUAUCUGUCUGACUCUGAGAAUGUCAAGUCUGUCUGUAGGAUCCUGCUGUAGUGAUACUUUCUCUCUGAUUGUUAUAGGGACCUCACAUACUUAUGUUAAGAGUAUUAUUAGUGAAUUACUCAAUGUGAUUUAAUGUACAUCCUUGAAAACCCUUACAAAUAAUAUUGGGUGUACCUUGGUAAUGUAUGGUACUUGCUUGCCAUUGUUGGUGUUCAAGGGAAUUCAGUUCUUUCAUUGUCGUUUUUAAUGGAUAGUUUUUACAACUGCCUGAUGUCUUUUAUUCCACAAUACUGAAUGUUGAAGUAAUUUAUUUUAAGUUUGUUGAACGGACCAUGCUAAGUUCUGAAUUAACAGAAAGAAGGCUCAUUAAAUUAAAUAUUUAGCUUAAA